GUGUUUUUAUUUUAUUUGUAUUCUUAUAAGUUGGCAACACUUAAUUUCCGCCAUUCUGUGACGUCUCACGAGGGUUUGUUUUCACUGAAUUUCAAUUACAAUUUUGUUAGUUCAAAUAAAUUGAGAGUUGCAUCUGACUAACAAAUGUUAUGUAAUGGUUUGGACGUGAUGUGAUUAUAAAAAUAAUAAGAAAAAUAUUUGGUUACUCAUACUUUAAUCAUGGAUACUGCAGAAAUUAGUGAAGUUGUAAAUAUGCAACCGACUACAGAUUAUCUCAGUGGAGAAGAGCUAGUGCGACUCCGAAAGCCGGAGGAGCAGGUACCUCAGUUAAAUAUUGGUCUUAAAUUUUCUGAGUGUGAAAAUACUAAAGCUGAAAAGGAAGCCGUUGAUUGUGCUCUUGAUAAUCAGAAGACUCUAUUGGCUCAGAAGAGAGCAGCCAGAAUUUGUGAUUUAAUGCAAGCUGAAUGGAAUGAAGAAUUGAACGUUUCGUUUGCUACGAAAUUGAAGGGCAAGCUUGUUCAACAUAUGGGUCAUAAGAUUGAUGACAAGAUAGCUCUCACCCCUGAAGAAUCACUGUUUUUACUUGAAAAUGGUUGUCUAGAAAUAAUGAAUGGCAAAUCACCUUUGAGCACAGAAGAGGCCUAUUCUGUCAUGCUGAAACAAAGAUUAAGUGUAGAAAAAUACUUAGUUUAUUCCUAUUUAUCUCAGUUAGGUUUCAUAGUUGUUCCUCAUCAAAAAGAGAUGAAAAACAAAUCUCAAACUAAAGUUGCAGCUGUUGAAAAAAAUAGAAAAAAGAGGAAAACCCAGUCUCCUUUACCCGAAGAUAGUAGAAACAAAAGAUUGACUUUUUCUGGUGUAUUUUCUGAAGAGAUUGAUAAGGGCAAGGACUCAAAAGCUGCAGAAGAGAGCAAUAGUUUACUCAAUGAUGUGGCCAUCAUUUCAAAAAGCAUAGCUUCUACAUCUACUGAAACAGAAAGUGAAGUAAAUGAAGAGAGUAAAAAAACUGAUGCUGUUAAUGAAGAUCAGUUACAAAUUAAUUCUGAUAUCAUUUCAUCCUCAUCUCGUAAUUUAGAACAUUCAAAAGCUGAUGCUGAUGUAGAAAUUGAAUUGGAUAUUGAUGAAUCUAGUUCUCUGAAACCUCCUUUAAGUGCCUCUGCUGCUGAUAUUGAUGUGGAUUCUCAGAGUACUGACGUUUUGUUGGAUUCCUUAGAGAAAUCUACUGGUGUUUUUGUAGCUGAUACUGAAGAAGGGAUCACUAAUAUUGAAGCUAAUUCUCAGUCAUCAGACUCUCAGUGUGCUGUUAUAAACGACACCUCAGAUAUUGAUGAGCAGAACUCAGAAGUUCUGAGCUGCUCUUCGUAUGAUUAUAAUGAGCUUGAGCUCAGUGGUGACGAGAAUAACCAACGGAACUUGAAUGUAGAUGAUGACGUCACUUUAGUAGAAGUCACCAAAAAAGAAACUACUCCACUUGCUGUCAUAGAUCUGCUGUCUGACGAAGAUGAAGCAAUGGAAACUGAAGUUGCAAAUGACCAAGAUGAAUCUGAAAGUGAUGAUGAUAUCAAAAUACUUGAGGUGUGCAAUGGAACAACUAAUUCUAAUAAAAAUUCCAAUAUUCCUUUAAAUCUUAAUAAAAUAAAAUUGCAAAAAAUAGAAAAUUGUAAGAGGGAACAACCUAAUGUCCGUAAUGAUCGGCCCACGACAUCAUGGAUUCAGUUUCCAGAGAUAUACCGAAAGGACCUUGUGUGUGCUGCACGACCUUUUGCAAAUUUAUUGCCCCUUCACGUACAGCCAGGCAAAGAAGUUUAUAUAAUGGAUUUUUCUAAAGAACAGCAGUCAAAUAGAGGAGGCGGUUAUCAGUCUACAGUGGCAAAUCGACCUCAAGGAAGAAUAUGGAAUAGUUAUAGAGAUAUGCAAGAUUAUCAACGUACAUUACGUCGAAACAGACAAUUUAACAGGUACCAUAAUCAAUCGUGGCAAAGGGGCUCUAGGCACAAUGAAGACGUUCCCUAUCGCAGACCCCCAUAUCAUAAUAGUACUGUAAGUUCCUCGAGGGAACAUAGAAAUGAUAUUGUUCGAACAGAUCGAAGUUCUCCUCAUACCCGGCAUAAUAUUAUGGAUUAUCGUGAACAUAACAAUUCAAGAAACCAACAUAGUGAUAGUGACUAUCGUAGUUACAAUGGUUCUGAAGAUCAAAAACCAUUUGUAUCCUCUAGUUCCCCUGGGAUUUUGGCUGAACCCCCAAGAUAUAAUCCAGGUGAUUCAAUCCCUUUUAGAAACCCCCAGUUUUCAAAUCCUAAUUCUCUACCUCUUCGCCUACCUGCACCUAAUUUUCCUCUCGGUAAUUCCUCUCUAAAUCCUCUUGACCUCAAUAACUCUUCUGGGGUUUUGCCUAACCUUACUUCACAAGAAUUUGUUGCUGAAGUGCACCGAACUGCUUAUUCUUAUGCAACAUCUAUGCUUUCAACUAUGUUUGGAUCUGCUUUCACUGCUAAUAACUUUUCACCUUUAGCACCAUUUCCAUCAAUCAGGCAUGGCCCACCAUUUGGAAUGCCUCAACCUAUCACAUUGAUUGAUGGUCAAAAUUCCAGAAGCUUAAGCAGUCCAUUUGCAAAUGAAUACUAUCCACUGCCUAAUAGCCGGCAACUUCACAGUGAAUUUCCUCGCAACCGAAGACAUCAUAGAACUGAACCUUUUCCUUGUCAUUAUCGUAAUAUACAAAAUAAAAAGUCUUGGACUGAUGUUAAGGCUGCAGUUGAAGGUGAAAAAGAAGAAUCUGAUGGGGAUUCUAGUGAUAUUGAAGAGAUUCCUAUUAAUAUGAAUGAGUUUUUAUGGAAUGCAUCUAAUAUAUGUCCACUAGUCAAACCUGGUAUCUGCCAUCCUUUGGCUGAUGUUUUAAGUCCUCUAAAACUUACACAGAUAGCUAAGCUAACUGAUAAAGCAUGCAGAAAUGAGAAAUAUUUCUCAGAUAAUCAGAUUCUAGAAAUUUCAUAUGAUGUUUAUAAACCAGGAACACAUUUUAAAAAGUCUUGUCCGGGCAUUCCAAAUUUAAGAAUUAUUGUUAUGAGGUCAUCCGAUCCAAUUCCCAGAUAUUCUGAAAUAGCGUUUUUACAAAGGAAGUGGAGUGAUGGCGUGACACUACUGAUAGCAGUUGUGGACAAUGCAAACAUAAGUUUUGAAACUUUCACUAGCGUUUGCAUUCCUGACAUUGUACCUUUUGAAGACUGAUUUGUUAAAGCAUUUGUUAAUAUAUUAUUAGCCAAGCAUUUUAAAAUAAAUAUAAUGCCUUGUUUUUA